GCUUCAUAUUUCAGCUUGUGGGGCCACAUCCUCUGGGAAGCCUUUCUGACUUCCACCUACCACGGGAGCAAGCCUCUGCCACCUGCACUGAUGUACCAGACUGAUAUUUGUCAGUUUUCCUACAAGCCUAAGGCUCCGCAAGGCUCCCCAGCAGUGGCCUGCAAACAGUUGACAUUUAUAAAGACAUUAUCUGCCUCUACUACUGGAUGAAUGAAAAUUCGAUGAUUUGAACUAAGUGCCAGCAAGGAAUUGUGCUUGGUUUUGUGCUCUGUAGUGUUGUUCACAUUUUUUGCACAUCUUUUCUUGCUUAUAAAAACUGCACUAAACUUUUUUAAAAUGAAGCAGUUGAAAAGAAAAAGGAAAAGCAAUUUUAGUGUUCAAGAAACUCAGACCCUUUUGAAAGAAAUUACCAAAAGGAAAGAAGUCAUUUUCUCCAAACAGCUCAACACAACGAUAAAUGUGAUGAAGCGGAUGGCUUGGGAGGAGAUUGCACAGUGUGUGAAUGCUGUGGGAGAAGGAGAACAGAGGACGGGGACGGAAGUGAAGAGGAGGUACCUCGACUGGAGAGCACUCAUGAAGAGAAAGAGGAUGAAGGCAAACAUGAAGCUGGUGGGCUCGGGGUUUCCCCUCCCCACGUCAGAUUUGGAUGACUCUCUCACUGAAGAGAUCGAUGAAAAGAUUGCAUUCCGAAAUGAUACAAAUUUUGACUGGCAGAAUGUGGCAGAUUUCCGGGAUGCAGGAGGAUCCCUGACAGAGGUUAAAGUGGAAGAGGAAGAAAGGGACCCCCAGAGCCCUGAAUUUGAGAUUGAGGAGGAGGAGGAGAUCCUGUCGUCUGUCAUACCAGAUUCCCGGAGGGAAAAUGAGCUUCCCGACUUCCCCCACAUCGACGAGUUUUUCACCCUGAACUCGACACCAUCUAGAUCUGCAUAUGAUGAGCCCCAUUUGCUUGUCAACAUAGAGAAACAGAAACUCGAGCUGGAGAAGCGACGGCUGGAUAUCGAGGCGGAAAGGCUGCAGGUGGAGAAAGAGCGGCUGCAGAUUGAGAAGGAGCGGCUGCGCCAUCUAGACCUGGAGCACGAGCGGCUGCAGCUGGAGAAGGAGCGGCUACAGAUAGAGAGGGAGAAGUGGAGGCUGCAGCUGGUCAGCUCCGAGAAACCGGCUCUGGAGAAUGAACUUGGCCCAGGGGAAAAGGCCAUGCUCCAGCCACAGGACAUAGAAGCAGAGAAGUUGAAACUGGAGCGGGAACGCUUGCAGCUGGAGAAGGAUAGGCUCCAGUUCUUGAAGUUUGAAUCUGAGAAGCUGCAGAUUGAAAAGGAGCGACUACAGGUGGAGAAAGAGAGACUCCGAAUUCAGAAGGAAGGACACUUGCAGUGACUCAGUUCUCUCUUUAGUAAAUGAUUGUAAAGUGUAGGUUUUCCUCCUAUCAGGUGAUGUAAAGGUGGUCGGUUGCUGGAUUAGCUAUACUUUUUUUUUUUUUUUUUGAGCCUUUUCACCAUGUCUAAUGUCAGUGUUUAUAAUAGGAAAAAAAAGAUAGUUAUAUGUGGCUAACUGUAUGCUUCCCUAGUAUAUUAUAUGAACACUGUCCUAGCAUAAUUUCUGCUAGAGGUUUCACUUUAGUAUUAUCCCAUAGAGUCUUGCCUUCUCUGUGCACCCAAAGUCGACAGCUAUGUCUGUGUAAAAUCCUAGCCCAGAAGACAUUGGCAUUGUCUGGAGACAUUUUGGCUGGGCUGCGGUAAGGGUUGUGCAUGGGCAUCUCAUAUGUAGAGAGGCCACAGAUGCCGCUGAACAGCAUUCAACACCUCAGUGCCCCCUAGGAAAGAGCUACCCAACCCAAAGUGUUACUAUUGCCAAGUUUAGGAAACGCUACCCUGGCCAAACUGUGCACCUCUAUAACUGUUUAAUAGCUUAGAAUAUUAAAUCCUCAGAUAUUUAUGUGGAUAGAUACUUAAAUGGCCAAAAACUUUUAACAUUACUGUGUAGUAUAUUGAAUAUAGGGAGUGAUGAAGAUUGUAGGUAUUUUAUUCCAUAUUUUCUUCUGUAAGUAAACUGAGAUACAGAAACAAUUCAGGGAAUGUCUGAAAUUGUUAAAAAUGGGUCACUUUGAAAAGCAUUCCAUCUUGAGAAGCAAUAUACAAUUUGGAACUAUUAGUUCCCUUUCUUCUGUGAAUUUGUUGGCUUAGUGUGAACAUGAAACUUAUUUCAAACGUGUGAAAUCUUACAGAAGAGGCUAGAAACUAGUAGAAAUGGUAAAAAAGUAAAAAAUGGUACCAGCAGUCUGUAACCUCAAACCCAAAAGGUAUUGGUUGAUUUUUUAAAAUGAAUGAAUUGUUACCAUUUGGAACUGGGAGGUGGAAGAGAAUGUCCUGUGUCAAGUGAUGAUGUUGAAACAAUGAUACUAGUUGUGUGUUCUGGAUUGGAGAAGCAUAUAUACACUAUUUGAUGUCAUUAAUCUACAAUAUGGUUUUUGAAAAUAGGAUCUAUCAUUGUUUCUGAAGCUCAGAGAAGUCACACAGUGACUGACAGCUGAAACUUCAAAUUGCAGUGUAUUUUGUCUUUGCCCCUUCCCAAGAAACAAAAUUUCUAACUCCUUAGUUCCUACAGAAUUCUGAACUAAGGGUUAGUUUACCUGGUGAUUUGCCACUGGUUUUCCCACUGUGGUGUUUUCACAAUCCAACUGAUUCUGCUGCACACUAGUGUUGAAUAUGACUGCACGAGUUCACUUUGUUUUCUGGUUUCCAGGCUGAUGCGUAGCUUUAAUCUCUUCUAUUGGCAGACUACCAUGAUUUUGUGUUUGUUCCUUGUUAAUUUAAGAAUGGCUAGAAAUCAAGUUAAUGUUGGAAUAUGGGUAUGCAAAGGAAAAGUAUACUUGUGCUUACUUACCCUGAUUUUGAAAUAGUGUUAUUUUUCUAUAAUUAUAUUAAAUGCUUCUACCGUAGAAAUAAACAUAUCUAUACUGUC